CAAUAAUAUUCAUCUCCUUUCGUUUUUCAUCCACAAAAAACUUUGACCUCAAUCCCAUGAACAUGCCAAAAGAAAAAACACAUACAUACGUAAGAGAGGCCCUUAAAAGUCUAACAUACGUACAUGUUUUUCUAAUAUAAUUUGAUAGAAUCUCUUAAAACAUUUGGUGUUCAAAAGUUCGGAAGAUUCCAAACUUGUAGUAAUAAAAGCUCAAAGAAGCCCGCUCGGCAAAGUUUGUUUUGUGCAUACAUUAGAUUCUUCCACCGCUUUUCCUUUCUUCCUCUCUACCUCUUUGAUUAUUGCUGAAUUCAGAUUUAGUUAUGCAUUGUUUUCUUCAUCAGUGACAAGUGUUAUUUCUUUCUCCCAAACACUAGCACAAGAAAUGGCUAAACUUUUCUGGUUUGUCAUUACAAUAGGCCUUGUUUUCACCAACUCUAUUUAUGCCAUGUAUCCCUUCAACCAAGCUCAAAAUCUCUCUUUCAUGGACUUGGACUUGGAGGAGGAGGAGGCUCAUGAACUUGGAAAUCUUCUCCUUGUAGGACUCACUCUUAUCCACAAUGCAGCUGCUAAAGGAGCAGUGUGCUUGGAUGGAACAUUACCAGGUUACCAUUUGCAUCGUGGAUAUGGUUCAGGAGCAAACAGUUGGCUUGUUAAUUUAGAGGGAGGUGGAUGGUGUAACAACGUUAGAACAUGUGUUUAUCGCAAGAAAACGCGGCGUGGAUCAUCAUUAUUCAUGGAAAAAGAGAUACCAUUCACAGGAAUACUUAGUAAUAAACCGGAAAAAAAUCCAGAUUUUUUCAAUUGGAAUCGAGUAAAGCUUCGUUAUUGUGAUGGCGGUUCAUUCGCUGGAGAUGGCGAAGAUCAGGCUGCACAGCUGCAAUUCAGAGGACAGCGUAUUUGGGCAGCGGCGAUGGAAGAUUUGAUGACAAAGGGAAUGCGUUUUGCUGAUCAAGCUCUUCUUUCUGGAUGUUCUGCGGGCGGACUCGCUACUAUUAUACACUGCGAUGAAUUUCGAGGCCUCUUUCCGAGGACUACUAGAGUGAAGUGUCUAAGCGAUGCAGGGUUGUUUCUUGACUCGAUUGAUAUUUCGGGUGAGCGUACGCUCAGAAAUAUGUACAACGGUGUUGUAGGGAUGCAGGGAACGCAGAAGAAUCUACCGCGAAUUUGUACUAAUCAUCUUGAUCCAACCUCGUGCUUCUUCCCUCAGAAUUUGAUUGCCAGUGUUAGAACACCACUUUUUCUUCUUAAUACUGCUUAUGAUUCAUGGCAGAUCCAAUCAAGUUUAGCUCCUCCAUCAGCAGAUCCUCAUGGCUAUUGGCAUGAUUGUAGAUUAAACCAUGCUAAAUGCACGAGGCCACAAAUCCAAUUUCUUCAAGGAUUUAGGAACCACAUGUUGAAUUCUAUUAAAGAUUUCUCGAGAUCAAACAAGAAUGGAUUGUUUAUCAAUUCGUGUUUCGCUCAUUGUCAAACCGAGAGACAGGAUACAUGGUUUUCAGACAAUUCUCCGGUUAUUGAGAACAAGGUGAUCGCUUUAGCGGUUGGAGACUGGUUUUUCGACCGGGCAGGUGUUAAGGUCAUUGAUUGUCCUUACCCUUGUGAUAAUUCAUGUCACAAUCUGGUUUUUGGUUGAGUUAAAGUUAAGACAUCAUCAUCAUCAUCAUCAUCAAUGGAGGGUUAUGUUAUUCAAUUAAGUUACAUAUCAAAAAAUGGAAAAAUGUUGCUUAAAGUUAUUUUGAUAGGUCAUUGAUGAAAUUGAAAGUGGUUUUAACUAUUUGAGAAUGCUGAGGAAAAUCCUCUUUACUUCUUAACAGCAUAUGUAAUAUGUGUAAGGUCAUUUUAAAUUUGUCUUCUUUUUUUUCUUGAUAUAAUUUGAUCUUUUUAAUA